GAGGAGGAGGAGUAGGUUAGCAGCGGCAGCGACGGCUUCGCUGGGGCUGGUACGCGCUGGGCUGCGAGAGCCUCAUGGCGGAGGAAGAGAGCGACCAGGAGGCCGAGCGCCUCGGGGAAGAGCUCGAGGCGAUCGUGGAGUCCCCUCCGGGUUCCGUCGCGUUCGGAGCCGGGGCUGGGGGCGAUGGAGGCGGCAGCUGCGGCGCUGGAAGCAGCAGCAGCAGGAUCAGCAGCCGGGAUUACUGCCGCCGCUUCUGUCAGGUGGUUGAAGAUUAUGCUGGAAGAUGGCAGGUUCCUUUGCCACAGCUUCAGGUUCUUCAGACAGCACUUUGUUGUUUCACAACGGCCAGUGCAUCGUUCCCAACUGAAUGUGAGCACGUACAAUAUGUUUUGAGUAGCCUAGCUUUGAGUUUCUUUGAGUUGCUGCUGUUCUUCGGAAAAGAUGAAUUUUAUGAAGAGCCAUUAAAGGAUAUUCUUGGUUCAAUCCAGGAAUGCCAGAACCACCUCAGCAGAUAUGGAAAUGUGAAUCUGGAACUGGUAACUCGAAUUAUUAGAGAUGGUGGACCAUGGGAAGAUCCAGUGUUGCAAGCAGUUCUUAAAGCUAAGCCAACCUCUCAGGAUAUAGUUAACAAAUAUUUGAGCUCUGAAAAUCCACUGUUCUUUGAACUGCGUGCCAGAUACCUUAUUGCUUGUGAACGUAUACCAGAGGCAAUGGCUCUUAUCAAAUGUUGCAUAAAUCACCCAGAUAUCAAUAAAGACUUGUACUUCCAUCAAGCAUUCUUCACAUGUCUAUAUAUGUCACCAUUAGAAGAUCAACUAUUCCAGGAGCAUGUAUUGAGAACUGAUUGUAAGAAUGGAAUUGAUAUCAUCUGUAACACCGAAAAAGAAGGCAAGACUACAUUAGCCUUGCAGCUCUGUGAAUCAUUCCUAAUUCCACAGCUCCAGAAUGGGGACAUGUAUUGUAUUUGGGACUUGAUUUUCAUAUGGAGUAAACUACAACUUAAAUCUAAUCCUUCAAAGCAAGUUUUUGUAGACCAAUGCUACCAGCUUUUAAGAACAGCAACUAAUGUGAGAGUCAUUUUUCCUUUCAUGAAAAUAAUAAAAGAUGAGGUUGAAGUAGAAGGCUUACAAAUUUGUGUUGAAAUAUGUGGAUGUGCUCUGCAACUGGACCUUCAGGAUGAUCCAAAUACUAAAUGUCUAAUUUAUAAAACGAUUGCUCAUUUUUUGCCAAAUGACUUGGAGAUUCUCAGGAUUUGUGCACUCUCGGUAUUUUUUCUUGAGCGCUCCUUGGAAUCUUAUUAUACUGUUGAACGGCUCUAUAAACAUCCAGAUGAAGAGUACAAUGAAUGCACUAGUUCUGUCCAGAAUCGUGUUCGUUUUGAAUUGCUCCCAAUUUUGAAAAAGGGGUUGUUUUUUGAUCCUGAAUUUUGGAAUUUCAUUAUGAUUAAACAAAAUUGUGCAGCAUUACUGAGGGAUAAAUUAGCAGCUGGAUUUUUAAAUGAAAAUACACUGGAAAAUGCUACCAGUCAUCCUGGGAAGAUGAUGGAAACACAGGUUUUAGAUGAAGAGCUAGUCCUUCUUAUGGAUCUGAGCAAUGGCGAAUAUGAUCCUGAAGAUGUCUCUGGAGCCGAAUCCAAAGGUCAUGGUAAUACCAAGAAAAACCUUACAACUUUUAAUGCUUCUAAGGUAGACCGUAAUGUUCCAAGACAUAAAUGUGUGUUGUGUAAUAGAGAAUUUCUAGGUGGUCACAUUGUACGGCAUGCACAGGCUCACCAAAAAAAGGGCAGCUUUUCAUGUGUAAUAUGUGGUAGAAAAUUUAGGAAUAGAGGACUUAUGCUGAAGCAUUUAAAGAAUCAUGUUAAGAAAAUACAAAGACAGCACUUUGCUGUAGUUCAACAGGAAGAUCAGGAAAUUUCUAUGACAGAACAAAUACAUUGUUCUAAUGCUUCCAUUUCAUUUGAAAAUGGAAAUUCAGAUAUUAAAGAUAAUGAAAUAGAAACUCCUGUUGAAUAUAACAAUGAAAACAAGGAAGAAGAAAUUUUUGAGCAAGUGGCUGAAGUGACUAAGAAUUUUAUGUGUGAACCUCAUGAUGUCAUUAAAAAUGGCAGUCCUGAAAGUUCUCUAAACAAUGCCCCAGAACUUCUCACCACUGAAAGUUUACCCAGAUGUAUUGAUGAUGAUGAUUUCAAUCUAGAGACUCCAGUACUUCAUAAAAUAAAUGGAACUGUUUGCCCUCAAAAAGAUCUGGAUAUUGUGGAUCAACAAGAAAACUUCAAGUGCCCUGCUAAUGGAUGUGUCAGAAUAUUUAAAAAAAUAAGAUUUCUGAAUAAGCAUGCAAGAAAAGCUCACCCAACUGAUUUGAAGGUACAGCAACAUAUAAUGAAGUGGAACAAAGGAAAGUGCCGAUUUUGUCAGCGGAAAUUUGAGGAUUCUCAGCAUUUUAUAGAUCAUUUGAAGAGACAUAUAUAUCCAAAUGUGUACUUUUGUUUACAUUUUAGCUGUAAUCAGAGAUUUAAGCUGUCAACCGAGCUUGCAGAACAUACAAAAAGUCACAAUGUUUUUCAGGCUCAGUGUAAUUUUCCAGAAUGCCAUGAGCUUUUUGAAGAGCUUCCUCUACUAUAUGAACACGAAGCUCAGCAUUACUUAAACCCAACACCAGAAUCUUCUGCAGAAACAAGUAGAAAUGUUUUGGAUGCUCUUACAGAACUUCAGUGUGAGAGUCAGGAAAAAGACUUAUCUGGUAGUGAAAAAGAAACUGUUGAUCUGCCAGUUCCCACUUGGAAAUCAAGGAAAGAUUCUACAGAACCAAAGACAUAUAUACAAAGUGUUGAAAAGAAGACAAACAGUGUAGUUCAGAAUGGGAAUGACCAUUCUUCUGAUGGCACUGCUUCAGCUAUAAGCUCCAUAGACCAAAAGAUGACUGUUGUAGAGCCAAAUUCUGAAAAAAGUCGUGUUACUAGUGACCAACUAUUAGUCAAUGGACACAGCGAAUCAGAGCAGACAUCUUUGGUUUCAUCAGAUACUGCCCUGAAAAGUGAGACGAGUGGAACAAGGACAGAAAAUGGUUCCAUUUCACAGAAUGUUGAAAUAGUACCACAAGAACACAGUCCCCUAGUAGUAGUCUCUCAGUCACCUUCCAAACCAAAUCCACCAACUGAAAAUACUUCAUAUGGUUUAAUUUUAACCAAGCCAUAUGUGAGACCAUUGCCCCCCAGUUACCUUGAUGAACGGUACAUCAGUAUGCCAAAACGUAGAAAAACUCUGUCUGAUAAAGCAGAUGCCCAUUCUGAUCAAGAUAGUGUUCAUAGCACGUCGUCAGAGAGAUUUAGAUGUGGCAACUGCUUGACCAUCUACUGUAACUCAGAAGCACUUGAGGCUCACCUUGCACAAAAGAAAUGUCAGACGCUGUUUGGAUUCGACUCAGAUGAUGAAAGUGCCUGAUAAAAUAUCACUGAAGUCUGUCAAGGAGUGGUGUGAAAAAAAAGCACUACAAAAAAAUGCAUCAUCAAUUUGCUCUUUCCCAGUUGGCCUUAAUCAUAGAGUGGUCUCAGAUUACUAAAGAACAAUAUAAAGAAAAAGCACAUUUUCUAGAAUGAACUCACAGAGGAGAUGUGCCAGUUUUGACUCCAGAAGGGUUACUACAAAGAUCCCAAAGUACCAGUCAUCCAGAAGACCACACACUAUAAGAGUGUAUGAUCAAAGCACAGCAGCACAUGCAGUUUAACUUAUUAACACCUCAUAAAGAAGCAUUCAACCCAAGAAGAAAAGUAGCUGUGGCCUUAAAGAAAGGAAUAAUGUGAAUCUA